GCGACAUUGUCUCCCCAAUCCGGCUCUUUAUCUAGCAUUUCGAAGUUGCACGCACCACGUAAAGCCCAGACCUCCUUGUGCCAUACUGCCAGUGCUCCGCCGGGUCCAUCGAACUGUCCACGAGUCCAGGCCCGACAAUGUUCUUCCGGUAUAAUGACCAUUUAUACUGCAUUAUUGCAAUCCACCUCACUCCACCAUGGCAAUAACGGGUCGGUGUGCUCGGAUAAGGGGAGAAAUGAGUGUGAGCAGUCAGCGAGGUCGGUUCAGAUGCGCACGCGAGGUGCAACCCUGGCUCCCCCGGACCAGGCUCGCAUAACAUACGCUAUGGUCUUGGUCGUCCGGAAUAAUCCGUUUACUUUUUUCAGGAGUUUAGGCGAGAACACAAAGGCCUGAUCGAGGCCCACAUUCAGGCGUCGAGAAUCUAGCUCAUGCAUUGUCCUUUUAUACCGUCCACAACAGUUCACCCCAGACCGGUGACCAGGACUGCUACUACACUGUAGUACAAUGUUGUAGGAACAAGGUUGAUGUGUGCCGAGUCAGCGGUGGCCCUCAAGGGUCCAGAGGUACCAGCACAUCACAGACCAGACGCCGCCACACUGGAUCCAAACAGACUUUCUUGGUCUCAAUUGGUCAGUGCGUUCGAUGGGCACGCUGGCUAGGUCCACCCAUACCCACAUUCUGGAGCUAAGCCUGGACCGGUAACAGCAAUGCCCUCCCUUACCGCCAGUUUUGUGAAACUCGGUAAAGCCUCACUUUAAUAAUGGCUUAUGGAGUUAUCACGGCGGUCAAUAAUAGGGGGCGACGUAUCCCCGGUCUAACACUGUGAUAAUGUCUCACCACAUGCAGACAGACGCUCAACGGCCCGACCGGGCGGGGGCCUCGAAUUUCGCUCUCUCGGAUCAAGACCAUUCUCCGUAAUCCUUGUGCAGAUGACUCCCCGAGGUGAGUGGAUAAGCUGUGAGCCAACGGUUCCAUGUGGCAUAUGUUAUAUCUGGCAAAGGACCCUGAAUACUUUGAAAAUGGGAUCUACUCCACAUUGUUUCUAUCCUCAGCCUUGCCGGAAGCAUCGCCCGUCGAUUCUUUGUUCUCGACGGCCACCUUUUCCGCAAACAGUUCGAGUAUGCGGACGACAACCACAUCACCUUCAUAGUAGAAACAACUCUUUCCAGCUAAGCCUUCUUGACCUGACAAAUACCGGAGACAUGGCUUUUUGUCAAGAAAUUUACCAGAAAAAUGCCCCUCGCACAAGGACAGAGGAGGAGUCAAAGCCGGCCUUUCAUAUCGAAGCAAAGCCGACCGGCAAUGAACCAAACCCACCAAACGAGGGGCUCGUCCUUGGGGGAGGACAGACCAUCAAACUCAUGCUUGUACCCGAUAAACAGACAACACCUCCUCCGCCGCCAAAGAAGGAAAAGCCCCAUCCUCAGACGAAGAUGAAGAAAUUUUGGAAGAACUUCGAUCCCGAGUACGUCGGCAAAGUGACCAGGGUUCUUCCCGACCGGAUAGGUGAGACGGAUCUCACCUCUAAACUGCUGGGUGAGACCGCCCACCGUGCCGCUCAGUCAUACGAGAAUGCCAAAGAAAACUGCAUUCGCGAUGUGAAGCGAAUCAUCAAGGAAUGUCACGCCGCCAACCAGAAAUAUACCGACUCACAUUGGGAUAUCGAACGAGAUCUCAAAAUCACCAGGAUCAGGGACUGUUUGGACGGUCUUGUUGUCGACCCGGAUGACAAGCAGUAUCCAGCCGAUGCCAAACGUGUUACCGACAUUUUCGAAGAUCCAAAGUUCUACGUUGACGGCGUCUCGUACGAUGAUAUGCUUCAAGGUUCAGCAGGUGACUGCUGGUUUUUGGCCGCAAUAUCCGCACUUGGGUGUAACGCCGAAUUCAUUGAAAGAGUUUGUGUGAUCCAGGACCAAACCGUCGGAGUAUACGGUUUCGUAUUUCACCGAGACGGUGAAUGGCACCAGUGUAUCAUCGACGAUAAGCUGUACCUACGGGCUCCAGCAUACGACGAAAGUGGAGACGUCGUCCUAGGCCAGUACGGCGUGCGCCGAGCCAAUCAAGAAGACCAGUACCAAGAGCUAUUCCAAAGAGGGUCGCAAUCGCUGUACUUCGCACAGUGCCGGGACCAGAAUGAAACGUGGGUCAGUCUACUGGAGAAAGCGUACGCAAAGGCGCACGGCGACUAUGCAUCGAUCUCUGGCGGACAGACAGGGGAAGCCAUCGAAGAUCUCACGGGUGGCGUGACGACGGAGAUUUAUACGACCAACAUCCUGGACCCGGAAGCGUUCUGGCGCGACGAACUCAGCCGAAUCGGCAAAGACUUUGUGUUUUCCUGUGCCGCGGCACGUUGGCGCGAAUGGCGGCCCUAUUUGGUGGCCAACGAGAAGAUCCGUGAAGAGAGACGGUCUGGUAUCGUCAGCCAACAUGCGUACGCGGUGCUGGCGACAUACGAAGGCCAUGGGCAACGGCUGGUCAAGAUCCGCAACCCCUGGGGCCGCAAGGAAUGGACUGGUGCCUGGAGCGACGGAUCGAAAGAAUGGACGGCCGAGUGGCUGCAGCGGCUCAACCACCAGUUCGGCGACGACGGGAUCUUCUGGAUGACCUACAAGGACAUGCUGAGCAAGUACAAGUAUAUCGACCGGACACGCAUCUUCGGCCCCGAGUGGCACGUGGCCCAGCAGUUCAUGGCCGUGCAGGUGCCCUGGAGCACUUUGGACUACCAGCAGAACUACUUUUCCAUUGACGUGCCCGAAGACACGGACGCCGUCAUUGUGCUGUCCCAGCUCGACGACCGCUACUUCAAGGGUCUACAGGGCAAGUACAACUUCACGCUGCAGUUCCGCGUCCAGAAAGACUCGCAGGAUGAAGAGGAGUACCUGGCGCGCAGCAAGAUGAACUACGAGCUCGUCCGUUCGGUCAACGUCGAGGUGCCGCUUACCAGAGGCACCUACACUGUGCUGGUCAAGGUCGAAGCCACCGAGAGCAGGCGGGAGGAUGUGGAACAAGUGAUCCGCAACAACAUCCACCGUCGAGACAAGAUCACCCAGAUCGGCAAGUUGUAUGAUCUGGCCCACCAAAAAGGCCAAUUGCCCUCGUUAUCUUCCUCACUGUGUUCGUCACCGGGCACGUCUGGAUCAGGAACCUCCACGCCCACGACGUCCGGUGCCUCGCCUAUCCAACAUCCUCCCAGCAAUUCUGGCUCCUCAUCCUCCUCGACCCAGCACAAAGAUGACCCCGAGGAGAAAGACCCCAACCGCAACCCCUGGAACGCUAGUUGCGUCGUCGGCCUGCGGGUUUACAGCAAGCAAGCCGACCUUGGACUCAAAGUCGUCGUGCCCUCCAAGGAAGAGAUCGACGAGACAAAGCACAUGCCUACAUUGGACCGGGACGACGUGGCCAAAAGCGCUUUGGACGAGGUCCAAGCCGCAGCUGGCAAAGGCGAUGAUGAUGAUGAUGAUGAGACAGGUGCUGAGGGUGAAGCUGGUUCCGGGGCCGGUGCAGAAGCCGUUACCCAGGACGAAGAAACCACCAAGCAAACCGAUUGAUCGAGACAACACCUAUCGAUUCAACAACAGCAGUGAGUCACGGCGUUACUGCUCGCAGACCAGACUUCGUCUUUUGUCCCACUGGAGUCUUGAUGAAAGGUACAUGCAUGCCUCAUGGAUGAAUGACAUGAUAUCACUCUAUCACAAGACAGCGUCAAGUCCGAUGGUGACGUACAGACAGUACUAACUUAGUAGUACUGGGAUGUUUCUUUUCAUCCAUCUGGAAGGCUUGCUGCAGUACUAUUUGCUAUUGCCGCUCAAAAGGGCUUGCGUGAGCCGGUUCCCAGCAUCAUGAGUUUAAUGGUCUGACGUCUUGGCACGACUCUGGCGAAUACCUGAGUUGAGGAGUUUGUCGACACACCCUGAUGUCCAGUCAAUAGUUACGGGUCUGUUUUUGUUUACUUUAGUUCCGGUUUGGCGAGUUUCUUGGUACGUUUGGAAGCGAAGGGGUUGGUGGGGCGUUUCAAGGCGUUAUCAGCGGUCAGCACAUUUUUUCAGUGGUUGAUCACUAUGUACCUACCGCUGGUGUUAUUUAACUUAAUAUAGAUGCUGAUAGAGAGAUUGGAGAAGGUGAAGUGAAGUAGUAUCUUUCCAACCUUGAAGUCUUCAUGUUACAGAUCCUCAUCACAGUUCAAGUUUACCUGGACCUUCAGUACUCAGGUACUUGAUCCUACAUAAAUCC